AGACUUCACGGUAUAUAUUUGUCGUAAGCCCUGCCUUCAGUGUAAAUGCUGCUGCUUGUGUGCCUGAGCUUCUUCCUGCGUAUUAGUCUGUCCGCCACCAUCACCACUACUGUUGCAUCUGCGGACGCCCGCAAGUUGGUUUUUAGUGCGAAUGCGGGCGUGCUCCAGGUGUUUUUAAAUGAUUUCGCUUCCCGGUUCGACGAUUAUACCUCAUAUAUGAAUUCUGCCAAGAUACCUUUUCCAGGGUCUCUGGUGCAAUUCUAUAUGAACGUCGAGCAGGCAAGUACUGACCAGGCUGCGGUCACCUCAAUGUUGGUGAACGACUUCCCAAUGUCUGAAUUCAAAACGUACAUUUCUGUUUUCCCAUGGUACAGCUCGCUUCUCUCUGCUGGCGGUGAUUCGACGAUUUAUUUGACGGAGGAUUUAGUUUCCAAAACUGUCGCGGUGGAUGAGGAAUCCAACCGGUUUAAUCUCAGGGUGGUGUCGGCCACAACCUCCGCUUCAGCCACCCUUGCAACUUCAUCUUCUGCAGCUUCCAGCAAGUCUAGCUCGUCAUCCUUUUCCAGCUCCUCUGUGUUCGCUGGUUCCACAGCUGGCGGCUCCAAGCUGAUUGUCCCCGGUCUCGGACUUCUUCUUUUAGGAAUAUUAAUAUAG